AGAUCUAUUACAAGGGCUCAAAUGAACUGGCAGCUUAAGAACUAGCAGCUUCUCGGCAGCUGCAAUUAUAUAAGCAUUUAUUUUUAAUAUAAUAAUAAAUGAAUAAGAAAAGUAGCGGCAGUAUGCCGGGAUCAGCCACAGCUAUCCGACAAGAGAGGCUGAAGAAGACUAAUGCAAGGCCAACCCCCCCUGGUCUGUUCACCAUUAAUGAGGAAGAUGAACAGCAAAAGAAUGGGAAUUCCAGAAGACCGAAAGCUCCUGACAGCUGCAAAGUGCAAGAUAAGAAAGCACCUGCCUCCAACCACCCCUCCUCUGCUGUUUCAGGUCAAACUAGCAACCACUCAGGAAACAAGCCAGACCCGCCGCCUGUGCUGCGGGUUGAUGAUCGGCAGCGGCUGGCCCGGGAGCGGCGCGAGGAACGGGAAAAACAGCUAGCCGCCCGGGAGACCGUGUGGCUGGAGCGCGAGGCGCGUGCGCGGCAGCACUAUGAGAAGCACCUGGAGGAGCGGCGCAAGCGGCUGGAGGAGCAGCGGCAGAAGGAGGAGCGGAGGCGAGCCGCCGUGGAGGAGAAGCGGAGGCAGAGGCUGGAGGAGGACAAAGAACGCCAUGAAGCUGUUGUAAGGCGAACAAUGGAGAGGAGUCAGAAGCCAAGACAGAAGCCAAACCGGUGGUCAUGGGGCGGCCCCCUCCACGGGAUCCCCAGCAUCCACAGUGCAGAUCCCGACAGGCGCUCAGUUUCCACCAUGAAUCUUUCGAAACAUGUUGAUCCCGUGAUUAGCAAGCGGCUCUCCUCCUCAUCUGCAACUUUACUAAAUUCUCCAGAUAGAGCUCGCCGCCUGCAGCUCAGCCCGUGGGAGAGCAGCGUUGUUAACAGACUCCUGACGCCCACACAUUCGUUCCUGGCCAGAAGCAAAAGCACUGCUGCCUUGUCUGGAGAUGCAGUUAUCCCCAUUUGUCCUCGUUCAGCAUCUUGCAGCCCCAUCAACACCAUGCCCUACAAAGCUGCACACUCUAGGAAUCCGAUGGAGCGACCAAAACUCUUUGUGACAGCACCCGAGGGCUCCGCACGCCGGAAGACCAUUCACGGCAGCUCGAGCUUUAAGAGAGAAAAAGACAGAGAAAACAUCCCUUUCCAUCUCACAUCUGGCUUCCGACGGGCUUUAUCUCCAUCUCUUCCCAAAGCAAGACCACCAGCAUCCUCCCGACUUUGGCUGCCAUCCAAGUCCUUUCCUCAUUUGCCUGGCACACCCAGACCAACCUCCUCCCCGUCUCCUGGCUCCACCAAAGCUGCCGCUGCCCCUGCACAGGCCCGGCCCCCGUCCCCCGGCAACAUCCGCCCCGCCAAGAGAGAAGGCAAGGUGGAGCCGGAGAGAGAACCUCAGAAAGCUGCCAGUGAGUCCACACUCAAGGUCAGGGCACCUUUAGUGAAGGUCGAAGAGGUCACUGCUGAGGAGGGGACACCUGCCGAGCCGGAAGCUGCCCCUGCUGCUCCAGCCCCGGCCCCAGCCCCAGCUCCAGCCCCAGCCCCAGCCCCCUCAGUGACUGCCAGUCCAUCUACUAAGACCUCUGCAGGCACCACUGACCCGGAAGAGGCCACAAGGCUGCUAGCAGAGAAGAGGCGGCUGGCUCGGGAGCAGCGAGAGCAGGAAGAGAAGGAGCGCAGGGAGCAGGAAGCGCUGGAAAGACACAAGAGGGAGGAACUGGCUCAGAGGGUGGCCGAGGAGAGAACCCGGCGUGAGGAGGAGGUGCGGCGGCUGGAGGCCGAGCAGGCCCGGGAGAAGGAGCAGCAGCUGCUGCGGCAGGCGGAGGAGCGCGAGCGGGAGGAGAUGGAGCGCGCCCAGAAGCAGAAAGAAGAAGAAGCGCGUGUGCGAGAAGAAGCAGAGAAGGCCCGGCAGGCACGAGAGAAGCAUUUCCAGAGAGAAGAACAAGAGCGCCUGGAGAGGAAGAAGCGACUGGAGGAGAUCAUGAAGAGAACCCGGAGAACAGAAGCUGCAGAGAAGAAAACUCUUGACCAGAGAAAUGGAGAUAUAGCCAAAGGCGUUCUUACUGGAGAAACAGGAUCUGACCUUCCGUGUAAGACAAACUCUCCUGGAAGUGGAGAAGCAGUGGCCAGCCCACACGUGGUGACCUCACACCAAUUGACAGCGACUGUGGAAAGUACUCCCAAUUUUGAAAAACAACCAAAUGAAAAUGGAGUGCCUGUGCAGAAUGAAACUUUUGAAGAAAUUAUACAUUUGCCCGUCGGGUCCAAACCAUCCCGAUUAGAUGUCGCCAACAGUGAGAGCGCAGGAAUCCCCUUGAGUCCAGUCUUGGCCUUUGACGAGGAAGGGACGCUGGGGUCUCUCCCUCAAGUCGAUGGUGUUCAGACUCAACAGACAGCAGAAGUUAUAUGAACAUUUCUUCCGAAGAACCAAAGCAGAACUCUGGUGAGAAUUUCUCUGGUUAAAGGCGCACCCUCCCAUCCCGUCCAGUUUUCUAAAGGUUUCUUGAACAUUGUUAUGAAAACACUUUAUUAAAACCAGCUAAAGACAACAGACUGGAUAGCUUUUCUAAUAAUUUUCGCCAAUAGAAAAAGAAAAUGUUCCUUUUUCUUCAAUAAUUUAAAAUGCCUUUUUUCCAGUGUGCUCCUUGGAAGCAAAUCAAUAUUUUUUCCUGCAUUCUUUAAACGAAAAGAACAUUUGGCUACAAAAGAAAUGGCUGGGCUGGCCAGGCAUGAUUUUUCACAUAAAUGUUUUGGUUUUAAAAGCUAUAACAUGUAAAAUUGGCAGCAACAACCCAAAAAAUUCCCUUUUACAAUACAUAGCACUUGAAAAAUAAGUACCCCUUGGCUGUACCGGUAGAGUGACUGAAGGUGGUGUGUAAAUUAAGCCGGUUUAUUGAAAUGUUACUGCAAAGAGCUCUAUUCUUGGAGGCAAAUUGUAUUCGGAUGACCUGCUGCUUGUCAAUGCAACUUGCACGUGGACGGACAUCUGCACCCUCCGCUGUCACUGCAGCCUCCUUGCACCUCCUGUGGCGGAAGCACCCUGAGAAGUUUUACAGUGUGUGUGAGAGAGGGGAAAAUUAUUUUUUCAGAACAAGAAAAUAAUUUACUACCCACUUAAAUGAUGUAUUUAUAAAGUUUUUUCCAGAUAAACUAAUCAAAUAAAUUAGAAACCUGUGACAACA